AUGGCUGUAGAUGCAUGGCUGUGGGCACUGGGGCUCCUGGCUGGGCCAAUCUGGGUGCGCUCUCUGGGACUUUACUGUGCUUUCCAGAGCAGGUCCAUCUCAGGGAGCCUGUAUAAGGAGGGAGAUGUGAUUAUUGGGGGUCUAUUUCCUGUUCACAUUGAAGCCCCUGAACCUGACCACACAUUCACACAACGAAUACAGGCCGGCCGCUGUCGAAGUGUUGAAUUGCGCUCAUAUCGCUGGCUUCAAACCAUGAUUUUCACUGUGGAGGAAAUCAACCGGAACCCAGUACUGUUGCCUAACCUCACACUUGGCUACCUGGCAACAGACACCUGCCUGAGUGAGGGUAGCACCCUGAGUGCCGCGCUGUCGAUAGUGACAGGACAAGAGGAGGCUGUGACAGAACAGUGUACCAAGGCUCCCAACGUGCCCGUCAUCAUUGGCGAUGCCCGUUCCUCAGCCUCUAUAGUGGUGGCUGAUACACUGGGUGUUUUUGGCAUCCCCAUGGUUAGUUACUUUGCUUCCUGUGCAUGUCUCAGUGACCGCACCAGGUACCCCACCUUCUUACGCACAGUUCCUAGUGAUGCCUUCCAGGCUAAAGCCAUGGCCCGCCUGCUACGGCAGAUGGACUGGUCCUGGGUGGGGGUUGUUUAUGGAGAUGAUGCAUAUGGGAAAAGUGGCGUGCAGCUGUUGAUACAGGAACUGGAAGGAUCAGGUGUUUGCGUGGACUACAUUGAGGUCAUUCCCAAAUCCCAUGCACUGGGCAGAAUUAAGCGAAUUGUGGAGAGAAUACAGAGCUCCAAGGCUCAGAUUGUGGCGACCUUCGCCAUCAGCCCAGAUAUGGAAGUCUUGCUAAAGGAAGUGGUGAGGCAGAAUGUGACUGACAGGCAGUGGAUUGCCACUGAAGCCUGGAGCACCUCCACCCACUAUUCUUCAUGGAGCGGCAUCUCUUUGGCAGGCACCCUUGGCUUUGCCCUGCGAAGGGUUGAUAUCCAGGGUUUGGGCUCAUAUCUGACUCAGCUGAGUCCAGAGGAGCACACAAAGGAGCAGCUGGUACAGAAUGUUUGGGAGGAGGUGUUUGGGUGCAAAUUUGGGGAGGAAAUGUAUUCUGGACCACACUGCACAGGCUUGGAAAAAGUGGAAGUACAAGGAGAAGCAUACUUCGAUGUUAUGUAUAACGUAUAUAAAGCUGUGUAUGCUAUUGCAAAUGCUAUUCAGGACAUGCUGGACUGUCAGCCUGGCAAAGGGCCCUUCAAGGAUGGAGAGUGUCCUGAUAUCAACCCCAUAAGACCUGAACAGCUUCUGCACUACCUAAAGACAGUAAAGUUCACAACACCAGUGGGCGAGCUAGUACAUUUCAACAACAAUGGUGAUCCAUCUGCCUCAUACGACAUCAUUAACUGGCACAUGGGGGCUGAGGGGAAAGUGGAGUUUGUCAAAGUGGGGCAGUUUGAUGCAGCAAGAGGACCACAGCAAGACUUUCAACUGGACCUUAGUAAAGUGGUGUGGGGAGGAAGCUGGAGUGACAAGGUGCCAGUGUCUGUGUGCAGUGAGAGCUGUCCCCCAGGGACCAGGAAGGCUGUGCAGAAAGGAAAACCUGUCUGCUGCUAUGACUGUAUACAAUGUGCAACAGGGGAGAUCAGCAAUGCUAGUGACUCCACAGAGUGCACCAAAUGUCCAGAGCGGUUCUGGUCCAACACUGACCGCACAGAGUGCAUCCCAAUGUUAGUUGAAUUCCUCUCCUUUCAAGAUGACAUGGGCAUCAUCCUCUCUGUGCUGUCAGUAGCUGGGGCAACACUUACAGGGACUGUCCUCACUGCCUUCUUCUAUCAUCGAGAUACGCCCCUGGUUCGCGCCAACAACUCGGAGCUGAGCUUCCUGCUGCUGCUGUCACUCAAACUCUGCUUCCUGUGUGCACUGGCUUUCAUUGGCCAGCCAGCGCCUUGGUCCUGCAUGCUGCGCCAUUCACUGUUUGGGAUCAGUUUUGUGGUGUGCCUGGCCUGUGUUCUCAGUAAGACAGUGGUGGUCCUGGUUGCCUUCAGGGCGACUCUGCCUGGCUCAAACAUAAUGAGGUACUUUGGCCCUGUUCAGCAGAGGGCAGGCAUCUUUGUCUGUACACUUGUGCAGGUGGGAAUCUGUGUGCUGUGGCUGGUGCUGGCACCUCCUCUGCCCACAGAAAGUGCAGGAGGUGAGCUUGGAGCCCGGGUGGUGCUACUCUGUGCAGUGGGAUCAGUCAUAGGCUUCUCCCUGGUGUUGGGCUACAUCGGUCUGCUGGCUGCCAUCUGUUUCCUGCUGGCCUUCUUCGCCCGGAAGCUUCCAGAUAAUUUCAAUGAGGCUAAAUUCAUCACCUUCAGCAUGCUGAUCUUCUGUGCAGUGUGGAUUGCCUUUGUGCCGGCAUAUGUCAGCUCUCCAGGGAAGUACACUGUGGCAGUGGAGGUCUUUGCCAUCCUGGCCUCUAGUUACGGCCUUCUACUGUGUAUAUUUGCCCCAAAGUGUUACAUCAUUCUGCUCAGACCAGAGAAGAAUACAAAAAAGAAUAUGAUGGCCAAAUAG